GAGGACCUAGCAAUGAGCAAGACAAUCUGCGAGAAGACAUCUGAGAGAAGGAUGGUUUAUUUUUCAUUAUUAAGACUGUGUCUUCUAUCUCUCACACAAGCAGCAGCUGGACAGUCAUUUGAUCAUUUGUGGAUGUUUGCCUUACUAGGAGAUGAUGUUACUUUGCCAUGUGGCAUACCCUCUAUUAAAUCCUGCUCCUCUGUUAACUGGAACAUGGCUGAAGAGUUUCAGUGGAUCACGGAGGUCGUGAAGGCUGGAAAGGUGACAGCUCCAGGUCUGACCGGCCUCAGGCUAGGCCUGCUUAAGGACUGCUCUCUGAAGAUUAAUCAUCUGGAGCUCAAUGAUGCAAGACUUUACUCUUGUGACAGUGGCAAGCUCAAUUCAACUGUUUCACUUCAUAUUCUUGAAGUUACUGAGAGUUCCACUCCUGCGGAGGACACAAUAGAGCUUCACUGUUUCCUCAAUAGCUAUAAAGGACUUGCCCAUUGUAACAACAAGGGGAUGCGUAUCAAGUGGAGCACAGGAGACAAUACACCUUUAAAUGGGAACAGAUUUAAAUUUGAAAAUCCCUCUGAAUGCUUCUCAAAACUGAUCAUCACUAAAAAACUGACAGACCAUCACAGAAAAUGGAAAUGCCAACUGACUCAGAAUGACACAGUUAAAGCUACCAUCAGUUACACAACAACAAUAAAAGAUGGAAUAGAGGAAGUGUUCGCUGCAGUGGGUGAGUCAGUGUCACUCUCUUGUAGCAACACUUCCUCUCUUGGUGUGAGUGGCAGAGUGAAGUGGGCCAUAGGAGAAAGGACAGAUGAUAUGUCACCUCGUAAAGGUCAAAUGGAGACAUUUCAUGUCAAUGAAGAUUCAUCACUGGUCAUAAGCAAAGUGAGUGCUCUGCAUGCUGGGGACUACCAAUGUUCAGACUCCACUGAUCAGCAAAAGGUGUUUAAUAAAAUAAGGCUGCAUACCCUGGAUGUUACUUCAGAGCGUGGGCCGGGUGAUGAUAAUCUCACUUUGACUUGUGUGCUUACCUGCACUAAGGAAUGUGGAAAAGACUUAAAUUUGACGUGGUCUGGAGGAAGCCAAAAUAGCUGGCAGAGUGGUUUAAUGAAUGUCAAGAACUCUCUUAUAAACAGGCUGUUCCUCCCAGUUUCGGCAAUGACAUCCGAUGAAUUAAUUUGCUUUGUGCAUAGAGAGAGUGAUGUGAUGGCAUCAAAGAAGUGGCACACUGGUAACCCUCUGCAAACCCCUGCUUGGGUAGCCCUUCCUCUUGCAAUCGUGAUAUGCAUAGCUGCUGGGGGACUUUACAUGUUCAACAAGAGGAAGCAACACAAGGAUGCAGGUAGUGAAUGUGGGAAUGAACAGUCAAGUAUUGGAAUGACUCAUGUUUACGAGGUUAUUCAGGAUACAAAUAAUGAGGAACUACAACAACAAAGACGAACCAAAAGAGGAGCUGUCCCCACCACUGACAGUUUCUAUGAUUUAUUACAAGCUGUGAACUAAAUAAAAGUUUCUUUCCACUUUGAUUUCAACCAGUAAUACAUUAAAAAGUUUCAAAGGUAAUAUUUUCUUGUAACAGUAGAUCAGUGUUUAUGACUCCUCAUUCAUGACCAUUCAUCAUCCUAUAGAUAUUUAUUCAAAUUGGUUAAAACAUUUUAUAGAAUGAUUACACUGUGACACAAUUAUAUUUCUUUUAAAUAAUAAUGUUGAUUAGAUGCUGAUGAACACAAGCAUUGUAAUAA